GGCUUGUCUGCCUUAGCCAGCCCAUCCUCCCAGGCACCCCACCGGCGAUGGCCUCGAUGCCCCAGUGAGGGGUGAAAGGACAAGGACUAAGUUACCCCGACACCACCACGUCCCCCCGAGGAGAGCCAUGGAGGCCCCCCUGGACGUGCCUGUAGGAAACCUCAUUGACUUUGAUGCCGAAACACCCGCCUGCAUCCCCUCGGAGCCCUCUCCUCCCGCUGCCCCCAGCAGCAACGGGCACCUGGGGGAUGCCGGGGAUGCGGCUGGGGAGGAGAGCGAUGCAACCGAGUCGGCGGACAGCGAGAACGACAUGGGUGACUCUCCCAGGCGCUGGGGCGGCUACCGCCGCUCCUCCUCCAACGAGUCCUUCUCCUCUAGCCAGAGCACCGAGUCAGCCCGGGACGAGGCGACGGCCGAACGCCGGGAGUUCAUGCGGCACUACGUGGAGAAGAUCUUCACCGGGGGAGAGGAUUUGGACCAAGAAGAGAAGGCCAGGUUUGGUGAGCUCUGCAGCGGCGAGAACGGGAAGGGCAGGGAAUGGUUUGCGAGAUACGUGAGUGCCCAGCGCUGCAACUCCAAGUGCGUCUCGGAGCAGACCUUCUACCGCUUGAUGCAGUCGUUCGCCCUCGUGCUCUUCGAGUGUCACCAGAUGGAUGACUUCAGCCCUGCCAAGAACCUCAUGACCAUGUGUUUCACCUACUACUAUGUGGGCAAGACCCAUGCGCUGCCCUUGGAAGCCAAAGAGAAGCCCAUGGGCAGCAUCGACUCAUACCUGAAGUCGGCUAACAGCUGGCUGGCGGAGAAGAAGGACAUCGCAGAGCGGCUGCUGAAAAACACGUCGGCCAAGACGGAGAACGUCAAGGGCUUCUUCGGGGGCCUGGAGACCAAACUGAAGGGUCCUACCACCAAAAAGAGCGACGAAGGUGAGGACAAACCAAAGGAGAAGCUGAAGAAGACGGUUUCCGUGCAGAGCCCAGAGGAGGAGAAGAAAGGAGAGAAGAUCUACCUGUACAUGCACCUCAAGCAGCAGCCCAUCUGGCACAACCUGCGGUUUUGGAACGCCGCCUUCUUCGACGCCGUGCACUGCGAGCGCAGGAAGCGGUCCCCCACCACCAGAGGGAACGCUGGGGAGGAAGAGGAGAAGAGGGAGAAGUGGUGCCACAUGACGCAGGAGGAGCGCGAUGACAGCCUCCGCUUCAAUGAGAACAUCACCUUCGGGCAGCUGGGCACCUUCAUUCACAACAUGCUGGCGUUCGGCCUGAACAAGAAGCUCUGCAGCGACUUCUUGAAGAAGCAGGCGACCAUCGGCAAUUUGAAUGAAGAGCAAUACAAGCUGCUCAGCGACCACAUCGAGCAAAUGGCCACCGAAUAGCCGCCUGGCCAGCACGCUGCGGCAGAGAGACGGCGGCCGGAGCGGGUGGGGAGGGGAGAGAACCCCACCUCCGGGGCUACC